AUGAAUGGUCUUGUCAUGGAAGACGACACUUUGCAGUGUCGUGUGAGCAGCACCAAACCUGACCAGCUCGUUAUCUCAAUGGCUUUGAGUCCGACUUUCACCAAUCCGGAUAUGAAGCUUUGCUACCUGGUGGAAAAGAUUCGAGCUGUGUAUGGUGAAGAUCUUGACGAUGAGACCUGUUUCGGAAUUUUGAAAUCGCAUCCUCGGUACAUCUCGUGCUUGCAAAACCUUGCCCGUUUGCGUGGUCAUCUCCCUGAAGAUGAGCCGCUCCUUGUCGAGUUUCGUAUGCAGGCUCCCUUCAACAUCCAUGCUGACCUCGUUACCCAGAAAGAAGAUGCCGUCUUCUUUGGGUUCGAGAUCUCGCAUGAGAAUGGCGAGACCAAUGUCUGGUUUGAGCUGAAGGAGAACGGCAAAGAGUUCAAAACAGUCACUAUCGAGAAACUGUACUCUAGUUCUUUCAAACAAACUGCUGGCAGAGCCAAGAAGGGUAUGUUUCAGAGCCAGAUGUCGUCGAUUCCUGAGAGCGUGAGUUUUGUCUCGCCCACAAAGGCGUCUCGUUCUCGCCGCCAGCAGAGUGUGGCCUCCGAAGAUGACAACUCCACCAUCAAGACGGAAGACCAGGGAGCCAAUCGAAUGGAUGUUGACGACGACGAUGACGAAUCGUCAUGGACUCGAACCUUAGGGACUCUGAGAGCGAGGAAGUCGUUUGACAGCAGUGAAGGUAGCAAGUCAAACCUUGCCGGCAAUUUGAAGAAGAAGAAGACGAAUCAAGGCAAUGCUUCAAGCAGCUCUAUUGCCGGUGACAGCAAGGCUUCUCGUCGCAGCACUGGAACUCGUGGCACCAAAGCUCGAGAAGAGAAACGCAAGGUUGGAGGUAGUGGUGGAGCUGGAGCUGGUGGAGAUGAGUAUGCAAAGAAGACCCUCUGA